AUGGCUGAGGAGCUGAAUGUAGCGGCAGCCGAUUGUGCUCAGAGCUAUGAACUCAUUUCAUUUAAGUUUAAUGUGUCCGAAAUUGUGAACGAAAUCAGUGAGUGGAAUAGGAUGAAUGAGACGAAUGAUGAAGUGGACGUAGAGACGGUGGCACGUGAAAAUCGAAGAAUGCAGAUGAUUGCCGACAAGAAGCUGUCAUCGUGCAUUCUGUCCGAGCAAACAGUUUUGAGCGUAUCGAGUAAAUUCAUCGACAGUGGACUGGUGGACGAUGAUGACGUCGCGAUCGUUAAUGAGGCUCUAUCUGUUUUCGCUUAUCGUCAACCGAAUACAACAUUUUGGAAGGUUUAG